AUGAGACAGGACUGCGGAGGAAACCUCAUGUUCAACAUGUAUCUCUCAGAUCCAACAGAAAAUCUGUUGAAAGAAAGCAAAGGAACAACUUGGGGUCCAAUAAACACAGGAGUACAAAAAGGCAGCGGGCAGAUUCAGCUGUGGCAGUUCCUGCUGGAGCUCCUCUCUGACAGCACCAACAUGUCAUGCAUCGCCUGGGAGGGCACCAACGGCGAGUUCAAGCUCAUCGACCCGGACGAGGUGGCUCGGCGCUGGGGAGAGCGCAAAAGCAAACCCAACAUGAACUACGACAAACUGAGCCGGGCACUGCGCUACUACUACGACAAAAACAUCAUGACCAAAGUCCACGGCAAGCGCUACGCCUACAAGUUUGAUUUUCACGGCUUGGCGCAAGUGUGCCAGCCGUCCACCACGGAGCAGGCCAUCUACAAGUUUCAGGGCAACUUCUCCCCGAUUCCCUUUUCCGGGAUUUCCAAACUGAACCUCGUGGCUCCCAGCGUGGGGCCAUCGGGUUUCUCCUACUGGCCCGGUUCACCCCCGGCGGCUCUGUAUCACAGCCACAACCUGCAGCCUCCAGGCCCAUUUGGCACCGUGUCUCCGUCUCACAUCAGCUGUGUCAACAACAUCAACAGUCUGACUAACAUAAAUAAUCAUUACAAUUGA